UUCCAGUCGGACACCUUUUGUUGCUGCACCUGUCCGGCAAGAAGUUUUGAAUGUUUAUCGUCUUCGCCUGACCUUCAUGCAAUUAUAAUUGAUUAUUAAAUACGUUUAAAAGAGAAAAUCUUCAUAUAAUCAGCAAAACGAAAUGUCCCAAAAAGAUCCUUGUCAGAAGCAAGCAUGCGAAAUACAGAAAUGUUUACAAGCGAACAAAUACAUUGAAAGUCGAUGCCAGGACGUGAUCAGAGAAAUGCGCCGGUGCUGUUCAGCUCUCGUCGGGAAGGAGUCGGUCUGCUGCUCUGGGUUUGCGAGAGAGCAGAAGACGGAAGAAGAGAGAAAGUCCUGACUUCGUGGUGUCAGAUUCUUCUGUGAAAUGUACGGAAUUCUGUUGUAUAUACACCAAUGGACGAACAGAUGACGAUACUAGCUAUAUUAGCUAUGCCUGUAAAUGUUUCUGUUAAUAUGGAAGGUGUAACCAGAGGUAACGUCCUGUUAAAGGCCUCAAACUGUACAUUCAUCAAUUCCAUUUGAAUUAAAUCAACAAUAAUGUCGUUUACUUUGCAUGCAGUUGAUUUACUACAGUAUUCUGGUUCAGUAUUUUUUUUGUUAUAGUUCCAAUUAAAAAGAAUCCCUAAGAGCUGUAAAUUGAUUAAAUGCCAGUAAAUGUGAAUGCAUUUUCGAAGACACGUGUUAAAAUACUUUAUUUCUCCUAAAUUGAACAUUCUUUGUAGCAGAAUUAUACAGCAUUAUGAAAACAAAACGUGCAAAGCUUGCGAACAUUAGUGGAAUAUAAAUCAAUGGAGUGAUAUGUAUAAGAGAAAUUCUGAAAUAUGUUUUGGUGCAGACUUUCUGCCAGCUCAGCAUUUUGCUUCCAUAGCAUCUGAACUCAUUUUCCACUGCUGAUGCAGUAAAAUCAGAUUAAAAUUGUAUUGGUGAUGGAGCAAUGGAAUCUUCUCAUAAAGCUUAACUACAGAUUGACUGCAGCGACUUUUUAUUUUGCUUUUCAUACUAUUAGAAUAGUACUUUUAGUAUCAACCCAGGUGCAGUCAAAACUACCAUUUCUCCCAACAGGUUAACUAUUGAGGUUUGCUAGGAUUGAUAUUACACAGUCCCAUAGCUGAUUCAGGCACUUUUAGAAAAAAAUAUUUUAAGUCUUAAUACACAACAAAAAACAACGAUUUACGGCAGCAAUAACUGCAUUCAAGAAAUCCAUAUCCAAACGCUGGGACUGACCUGAAACUAUCACGGCUUCAUUCAUAUGUUGACAUUAUCUGGGAGAGAUCUACUGCUAAAUUGGAACAAAGCCUAACCUACAUAAUGGAGUUAUGAAAUGUUCUGUUGAAUAUGCAUAGUACGGUCAGUGGUAUCCAUUUAUGUCCACAUAUAGCCAUUAUUUUGUCCAUUGUACAUAUCAUUUAAUAUGCCAUCUUGUACAUUUUGUUCAUGAAUUAUUUUUUGUUUGUUCGUAAUCAGUAAAAAAAAUAUUAUUCCAGUUCUGAACUCAAA